AUGCCACAUUCUCUUUCACUAUGGAGCUUCACCUUCUUCUUACUUCCCAUUCCAACCCUACAGACAACUCUAUUCUCACCAGUUUCAAAGGACAAAUCCACCAACCUCUUCACUCUUUCUGUGUACCUCAAAACCCCACUUCGCCCCACGAAGCUCUUCCUUGACCUCGCUUUCUUGUUCCCAUGGACACUUUGUGAUGCUAACUACAACUCCUCCUCUUUUCGCUAUGUCGAUUGCGAUCGCACCUUUUGUUUUUACCUCGGCUUCGGUGGAGCUUCUUGCACCAACUGCACCGAAGCCGGUCUCUCCGACCCUAACUGCAUUCCAGAAAAUCCUAUAUGCGGUGCAUAUCCCGAAAACUUAGUCGUUAGAGACUACGAUUUUGAUGCCACGCUUAUUGACACGCUGGCACUUCCUAGUGCUGACGUGUCAACUAAAACCCACCUUAUUUCUCUUCCAAAUUACACGUUUUCUUGUGCACACUCUUCUCUUCUUAAAGGUUUACCAAAAGAUGUAACCGGUUUAGUUUCAUUGAGCCGUUACAAUCUCUCUCUUCCGAACCAAAUUAGUUCGGCUCUCUCGGUUCCCAACACUUUUGCGGUUUGUUUUCCUGGUUCAUUUAAAUCAACAGGAGUUGCUUUCUUUGGAUCCAAAGGACCCUACUACGCUUUUUUUGAAAAUUCCAAAAUUGACCUUUCGAAAUCACUUAUUUACACUCCACUCAUUGUGAAUCCAGAUGGCAUUGGCGAUACUGUGAUUUCUUAUUCCGAUAACCCACCUUCCUAUGAGUAUUUCGUUAACCUAACUUCCAUUAGAAUCAACGGUCAAAAUGUCCCGAUCAAUGUUUCUCUAUUGAAUAUUGAUCAUGAGAACUUUUUGGGUAUUGGUGGCACCAAGUUUAGUAGUAACACUCCGUACACUCUUCUAGAAAGUUCUAUCUACAAAGCAUUUACGAAAUUGUUCAUAAAAGAGGCAAGUUCGUCUAGGUUUAACCUCACGAAAACUAGUCCAGAAAAACCUUUUAGCGUGUGCUAUGCCGCGAGAUUGGUCAAAGUGACAAGUAUAGGUCCGGAUGUGCCGACCGUUGAUCUUGAGUUGGGAGGGAAGAAGGGUGUGGUGUGGAGGAUUGUGGGUGCAAACUCAAUGGUGAGGGUUAAGAAUAAGAAAAAUAAUUUGGAUUUGUGGUGUUUGGGUUUUGUUGAUAAUGGAGUGAAUAAGAAGACAUCCAUUGUGAUUGGUGCCAAGCAACUUGAAGAGAACCUUAUGCAGUUUGAUAUUGAAUCUAACAAAUUAGGGUUCACCUCUUUGCUUACGUCUCACUCACUCAAAUGUAGUAAUUUUAAUGUCACUGAUUUUGCAAAAAAUAAUUAGAAGUUUAGAACAAGCAACGAAGUUGAUGUCCUAAUAAUGUUGAUGUCCUUUUGCUUUGUAUGUUCAAUAAGCUAAUCACUCGAGUGCCUAGCUAGUUAUUUAGUUAAGUUCUUGUAGUAGUAGUACUACUACUACUGUAUUAUAUUGUUUUCAUAAUGCUUGUAAUAAUUCUAAAGAAAUGUCUUG